AUGUCGUCCCGUGGCCGGGGUGAAACGACAAACACACUGCUGCCGGAGGCCUCAGCCAGAGCUAGAGGAGGUCAGCUCCGGAGGGACUUUCUCAAUAACAAUAACAAUAACAAUAACAAUAACAAUAACAAUAACAAUAACAAUAACAAUAACAAUAACAAUAACAAUAACAAUAACAAUAACAAUAACAAUAACAAUAACAAUAACAAUAACAAUAACAAUAACAAUAACAAUAACAAUAACAAUAACAAUAACAAUAACAAUAACAAUAACAAUAACAAUAACAAUAACAAUAACAAUAACAAUAACAAUAACAAUAACAAUAACAAUAACAAUAACAAUAACAAUAACAAUAACAAUAACAAUAACAAUAACAAUAACAAUAACAAUAACAAUAACAAUAACAAUAACAAUAACAAUAACAAUAACAAUAACAAUAACAAUAACAAUAACAAUAACAAUAACAAUAACAAUAACAAUAACAAUAACAAUAACAAUAACAAUAACAAUAACAAUAACAAUAACAAUAACAAUAACAAUAACAAUAACAAUAACAAUAACAAUAACAAUAACAAUAACAAUAACAAUAACAAUAACAAUAACAAUAACAAUAACAAUAACAAUAACAAUAACAAUAACAAUAACAAUAACAAUAACAAUAACAAUAACAAUAACAAUAACAAUAACAAUAACAAUAACCAUAACAAUAACAAUAACAAUAACAAUAACCAUAACAAUAACAAUAACAAUAACAAUAACAAUAACAAUAACAAUAACAAUAACAAUAACAAUAACAAUAACAAUAACAAUAUCAAUAACAAUAACAAUAUCAAUAACAAUAACAAUAACAAUAACAAUAACAAUAACAAUAACAAUAACAAUAACAAUAACAAUAACAAUAACAAUAACAAUAACAAUAACAAUAACAAUAACAAUAACAAUAACAAUAACAAUAACAAUAACAAUAACAAUAACAAUAACAAUAACAAUAACAAUAACAAUAACAAUAACAAUAACAAUAACAAUAACAAUAACAAUAACAAUAACAAUAACAAUAACAAUAACAAUAACAAUAACAAUAACAAUAACAAUAACAAUAACAAUAACAAUAACAAUAACAAUAACAAUAACAAUAACAAUAACAAUAACAAUAACAAUAACAAUAACAAUAACAAUAACAAUAACAAUAACAAUAACAAUAACAAUAACAAUAACAAUAACAAUAACAAUAACAAUAACAAUAACAAUAACAAUAACAAUAACAAUAACAAUAACAAUAACAAUAACAAUAACAAUAACAAUAACAAUAACAAUAACAAUAACAAUAACAAUAACAAUAACAAUAACAAUAACAAUAACAAUAACAAUAACAAUAACAAUAACAAUAACAAUAACAAUAACAAUAACAAUAACAAUAACAAUAACAAUAACAAUAACAAUAACAAUAACAAUAACAAUAACAAUAACAAUAACAAUAACCAUAACAAUAACAAUAACAAUAACAAUAACAAUAACCAUAACAAUAACAAUAACAAUAACAAUAACAAUAACAAUAACAAUAACAAUAACAAUAACAAUAACAAUAUCAAUAACAAUAACAAUAUCAAUAACAAUAACAAUAACAAUAACAAUAACAAUAACAAUAACAAUAACAAUAACAAUAACAAUAACAAUAACAAUAACAAUAACAAUAACAAUAACAAUAACAAUAACAAUAACAAUAACAAUAACAAUAACAAUAACAAUAACAAUAACAAUAACAAUAACAAUAACAAUAACAAUAACAAUAACAAUAACAAUAACAAUAACAAUAACAAUAACAAUAACAAUAACAAUAACAAUAACAAUAACAAUAACAAUAACAAUAACAAUAACAAUAACAAUAACAAUAACAAUAACAAUAACAAUAACAAUAACAAUAACAAUAACAAUAACAAUAACAAUAACAAUAACAAUAACAAUAACAAUAACAAUAACAAUAACAAUAACAAUAACAAUAACAAUAACAAUAACAAUAACAAUAACAAUAACAAUAACAAUAACAAUAACAAUAACAAUAACAAUAACAAUAACAAUAACAAUAACAAUAACAAUAACAAUAACAAUAACAAUAACAAUAACAAUAACAAUAACAAUAACAAUAACAAUAACAAUAACAAUAACAAUAACAAUAACAAU